AAACACCUUCCACAGGUGUUUUUUUAGGACAACUUGUAACGUUACGAUGAGGCUGUUUUUCGUGAAACAACCAGGGCGUGGCGCCAUUUUGUUUCUGUCUGCGUCUUUUUAACCAGCAGGUGCAGUUGAUUUGGCCCCAACUAAAGAGAACAUUAGAGAUGAUACUCUGUACCGUGACUAAAACUCAAAACACAAAUUAGACUUUAUUUUUGAUCAAGAGUUCCAGGCAUGGAUUACCUUUUACUGUUUACUGCGUUGCUGCUGUUGUCCACUGAUGGAGGAACAAUACCGAGGUUUGAGACUUUGAAUCAGACAUCCCAGGUGAUAAGAAAGGUUUCCCGGACGGAAACAACGAUUCUGCCGCCGCCGUACCUCCACCUCCCCGUGUUUGUGGACUCGAGGCUGCCGCUGGUGAAGAAGGAGUUUUUGUCUCCAGCCAGAGGCACCGGACUGAAGCCUGUCCCUGAGCUUGUUAGGAAAAUCUUGCACCCCGUUCGGCCUAAGACUAGUCCGCACCGCGUUUCGGACGUUUCUGUGAAGACUUCGUGCAAGCAAAGAAAAAUACGCGUGCAGGUGCAGAGGAGCGUUUUUGGUAGCGGUGACCCACAGUCUCAGCUCAAACUGGGGACAUGCCAAGUCAGUAAAUCCACAAAGGGUUACCUUUAUUUUGAAUAUGACCUCGACAUGUGUGGAACCAAACGGACGAUAAGUAAUAACCAAGUCGUCUAUUCAAACAUACUACGAUAUGACCCGCCAAGUCUCCAAGGACCAAUCAGGCGAGCUGUGCCCUUCGUCGUUCCCAUUAGAUGUUACUAUAACAGGUACCAGUACUCCUACAAAAUUGGCUACACACCAAAGAUGCGGAUGCGCAAGGUCUUCAAAGCAAUGAAGAACAGAGCAGAAUUCAUUCUGACUCCACGAAAUGCUCAGUGGGAAAGGAUUUUUCAUCCAGCUCACUACAUGCUAGGGAAGCCCAUGUUCUUUGAGGCUGAGGCCGCAUCUGUGUCCCAAGACGAAAGACUGUAUGUCCACUUGUGUUACGCGACUCCUGAGAGGUCCCAUACCUCCACUCCUCAGUAUACAGUUGUGAAAAACUUUGGGUGUAUGGUUGAAAGCAAGGACAAUCGCUCCAGGUUCAUCCCAUACAAAAACAAUUCUGUGAGAUUCUCUGUGGAUGCCUUCUUGUUCGAGGGAAUGAUUGGCCAAGAGCUCUACAUGCACUGCGCCAUGUCUGUGAGCAGUUCUGUCCCAACACCUACAGAAAAGUCCUGCAACUACAACACGCAAGCAAGAAGAUGGGUUGAGCUCUAUGGAUCAGACUCUGUGUGCAACUGCUGCGACUCCACCUGCAGCUCUGCUGCAUCCACAGUGACCAAAAUGAUCAGCAGCAGGCCAUGGAUAAUAGAGCCUGAAGUGAAACAUACCACAGCCCCCAAGAGGAAGACUGUCUCCUCCACCACAACGACAGCAUCACCACAACGAGAGACGACCAGAGAGGUGACUGAAUGGAAGACCUAUUUACAACCUGAAGCGAUAGCAGCGACACCAGUGGGUGACGCAGCGAAGGAGUUGGAAUUGCCGUUCGGAGGUGGAGUGACGUGGGUUGAGGAGGAAGGUGAGGAGAUGCAGGUGAAGGGAUCUGCUGUUGUUGAGGAGGAGAAGGAGGACCCAGAAUCUCACUCAAUAUUUGAAGAUAUCUUUGGUUUGGACAAAUAAAGCUGAUGUUUGUACAGUGUAGUUAAA